GCGUCUUUCCUGUGCCCGGUUUCCAGCUGAAGUUUCUGCGUUUUCCGUGGUUACCAUGGGGGAAGCCGAGAAGUUUCACUAUAUCUAUAGUUGUGACCUGGACAUCAACGUGCAGCUGAAGAUAGGAAGCUUGGAAGGGAAGAGAGAACAAAAGAGUUAUAAAGCCGUCCUAGAAGACCCGAUGUUGAAGUUUUCAGGGCUGUACCAAGAGACCUGUUCUGAUCUUUACGUGACUUGUCAGGUGUUUGCAGAAGGGAAGCCUCUGGCUUUGCCAGUGAGAACAUCCUACAAGGCAUUUAGUACAAGAUGGAACUGGAAUGAAUGGCUCAAACUGCCUGUGAAAUACCCUGACCUGCCCAGGAAUGCCCAAGUGGCCUUGACCAUAUGGGAUGUGUACGGACCAGGGAAAGCAGUGCCUGUAGGAGGAACAACUGUUUCUCUCUUUGGAAAAUAUGGCAUGUUUCGCCAAGGGAUGCAUGAUUUGAAAGUCUGGCCUAAUGUCGAAGCAGAUGGAUCAGAACCCACAAAAACUCCUGGGAGAACCAGCAGCACCGUCUCCGAAGAUCAAAUGAGCCGCCUUGCCAAGCUUACCAAAGCUCAUCGACAAGGACACAUGGUAAAAGUAGACUGGCUGGACAGAUUGACAUUUAGAGAAAUAGAAAUGAUAAAUGAGAGUGAAAAGCGUAGUUCUAAUUUCAUGUACUUGAUGGUUGAAUUUCGGUGCGUCAAGUGUGAUGAUAAGGAGUAUGGUAUUGUUUACUAUGAAAAGGAUGGUGAUGAGUCAUCUCCAAUUUUAACAAGCUUUGAGUUAGUGAAAGUUCCCGACCCUCAAAUGUCUAUGGAGAAUUUAGUUGAGAGCAAACAUCAUAAGCUUGCCCGGAGUUUAAGAAGCGGACCAUCUGACCAUGAUCUCAAACCCAAUGCUGCCACCAGAGAUCAGCUAAAUAUUAUUGUGAGUUAUCCACCAACUAAGCAACUAACCUAUGAAGAACAAGAUCUUGUUUGGAAAUUCAGAUAUUAUCUUACUAAUCAAGAAAAAGCUUUGACAAAAUUCCUGAAAUGUGUUAAUUGGGAUCUACCUCAGGAGGCCAAGCAGGCAUUGGAACUUCUAGGAAAAUGGAAGCCAAUGGACGUUGAAGAUUCCUUGGAACUGUUAUCCUCUCAUUACACCAACCCCACAGUGAGGCGUUACGCUGUGGCCCGGUUGCGCCAGGCGGAUGAUGAGGAUUUGUUAAUGUAUUUAUUGCAGCUGGUCCAGGCUCUCAAGUAUGAAAAUUUUGAUGACAUAAAGAAUGGAUUGGAACCAACCAAGAAGGAUAGUCAGAGUUCAGUGUCGGAGAGUGUGUCAAGUUCUGGAGUAAGUUCUGCAGAAAUAGAUAGCUCUCAGAUUAUAAGCAGUCCUCUUCCCCCAGUGUCUUCCCCUCCUGCGUCCAAAACAAAAGAAGUUUCAGAUGGUGAAAAUCUGGAGCAAGAUCUGUGCACCUUCUUAAUAUCCAGAGCCUGCAAGAACUCAACACUGGCUAAUUAUUUAUACUGGUACGUGAUCGUGGAAUGUGAGGAUCAAGAUACUCAGCAAAGAGACCCAAAGACCCAUGAGAUGUACCUGAAUGUGAUGAGGAGAUUCAGCCAGGCGUUGCUGAAGGGUGAUAAAUCUGUCAGAGUUAUGCGUUCUUUGCUGGCUGCACAGCAGACAUUUGUGGAUCGGCUGGUGCAUCUAAUGAAGGCAGUGCAGCGUGAAAGCGGAAAUCGGAAGAAAAAGAAUGAGAGACUUCAGGCAUUGCUUGGAGAUAAUGAAAAGAUGAAUUUGUCAGAUGUGGAACUUAUCCCACUGCCUCUAGAACCCCAGGUGAAAAUCAGAGGAAUAAUUCCAGAAACAGCCACGCUGUUUAAGAGUGCUCUUAUGCCUGCGCAGCUGUUCUUUAAGACAGAAGACGGAGGCAAAUAUCCAGUUAUAUUUAAGCAUGGAGAUGAUUUACGCCAAGAUCAACUCAUUCUUCAAAUCAUUUCACUUAUGGACAAGCUGUUGCGGAAAGAAAAUCUGGACUUGAAGUUGACACCUUAUAAAGUAUUGGCCACUAGUACAAAACAUGGCUUCAUGCAGUUUAUCCAGUCUGUCCCUGUGGCUGAAGUUCUUGAUACAGAGGGAAGCAUUCAGAACUUUUUUAGAAAAUACGCACCAAGUGAGAAUGGGCCAAAUGGAAUAAGUGCUGAGGUCAUGGACACUUACGUUAAAAGCUGUGCUGGGUAUUGUGUGAUCACUUAUAUACUCGGAGUUGGAGACAGACAUCUGGAUAAUCUUUUGCUAACAAAAACAGGCAAACUCUUCCACAUAGACUUUGGCUAUAUUUUGGGUCGGGAUCCGAAGCCUCUUCCUCCGCCGAUGAAGCUGAAUAAAGAAAUGGUAGAAGGAAUGGGCGGCACCCAGAGUGAGCAGUACCAAGAGUUCCGGAAGCAGUGUUACACGGCUUUUCUCCACCUCCGAAGGUAUUCAAAUCUGAUUUUGAACUUGUUUUCCCUGAUGGUUGAUGCAAACAUUCCAGAUAUUGCUCUUGAACCAGAUAAAACUGUGAAAAAGGUUCAGGACAAAUUUCGUCUGGACUUGUCGGAUGAAGAGGCGGUGCAUUACAUACAGAGUCUGAUCGAUGAAAGCGUCCAUGCUCUGUUCGCCGCGGUGGUGGAACAGAUUCACAAGAUUGCCCAGUAUUGGAGGAAAUGAACCUGGGUUUGGCCUCUCAAGCUGUUUGGAUCAGUAAGAUAACAUUAGAAGCAACCAGUGUCUACUGAAGACUUCAGUGUAACAAAGAAAGAAGAGAAAACUUCCAAGAUGGGACAUGGUACCUGAAUUGCAUUUCCUCAGAGGUCGUUGCUUGAAUAUGGUCCUAAAGGACUUGCUUUAAAAUUUGUAUAUAUUUGUGUUUUAAUGUAUACAUUGUUAAUAAAAGAAGUAAGAAGUUUAUUCCAGGAUUAUGUACAUAUUAUGAGAAUUGUGGAAGAAUUUUGUGUUAAAAUAGUAAAACAUUUUAUUCCUGAGCUUAAAAA